AGAGAAAGAUAUGUUCGAGGUCGAAAGUUCACUUUAAUUUCAAACCAAACAAAUUUUAACCGUCUCAGACAGUUAGAAAGGUUGUGGCUGUGCUAGUUGGUGGACGUAAAAUUUCAAGAAUGACUUCCACAAGUUUUACCAUUGGUUUAAAUGAAAGAAAAAAUUCUAGUAGGGUGUUGAAACCACCAGGUGGUGGACAUUCAGACAUAUUCGGGAUAAAUGAUAAUUCCGAAAUGCUAACACCCAGCAAAAAGAUGAUGGGUCCGCCGACAACUAUUAAUAGCUGUUUUGUUCAUGAAGAAAUUAAUGCCAAAUCCAAAGAUAAAAUUGAUUAUGUGAAUAAUGGUUCAGAUGCUAAAAAUGAAAAAAACGGUAUUGAAAACCAUGGUUCAGAUACCGAAAAUGGAAGCGAUGAAAAUGGUCAUGCCACCAGCACCCCCGAUGAGAACACCUUACCAACCACAGAAGAAAUUAAAGAAGUUAAGGAAUUGCCAACCCCAGAACCACCCAAAAGAGUCAGGGUACCUCCAGGAGGGUUCUCAUCUGCACUCUGGAAUGGCCUGUGGCUGAUAAGGUAACUAUUAGAAAAACAAGAUUAAUUAAUCGAAUUUUUCAGAAAAUGGCAUGUUAUCUUGAUAAAUGUUCAGUUUGAAAAACAGUAAUAAAAAUAUCUAAUAAUUGUAACCAUUUUAUGUCAAGGAUAUUUUUUUACUUACAGCUACUUUAUACUUUUUUAUGAUCCUCAUUUUUCUUCCCAAUAAAUAAGAAAGUUUAAUGAAUAAGUAUUAUUUUGGUCUAAACUAGAGAUACAGCAUAAUAUUAAAUAUAUUUCAGAUAUUCAGUUAGUGCCUGGAAGAAAUAACUAUUGCACUUUCCAAUAGAGUUAUGUUUUAGCACAUUGGAGAACAUAAAAUAUUCCAGUAAAGUACAUUUUUUACAUUUAUACUCCUAAUAUCUCAACCAAAAUACAGUUUUUAAAAAUAUACAUAUAAGUAUGAAAUUACAUAAUAGUAAAUCUAGCUAUUUUUGAAGUAACAUUUAAAAAAGAAUUGUCACUUAAAAUCCCAAAGGGGGCGGCAUAAAAAAAAUAAUUCUGUUAUUUAUUCUUAAUCUUUGACUCAUGUUGUACAUAUUAAAAAAAAUUGUUUGGAAAGACAAUGACAAUCUUAAACAAAUAUUAAUUAUUGCUGAAAUAUUCAAACUAUUUUAUUAUGGUCAAUCAUCACGUUUGCUAUAUAUGUUGCAUUUUUGAUUCAUCAUGUUAUUUUUCAACCUAAUAAAAACAAUUACCAUGAUAAUUUAAUCCUAAUCUUAGCGUUGUCAUGACAAUAAAAUUAAUCCUUUUAUCUUGGAUGCAUCAUAAAUUUUCCAUGAUAAAAUUCAUCCUGUAUACUAUAGCAACUAAGUUAAAAAAAUAUGAAUCAUUGGUAAGUAGAAAAUGUUUGAGAUGAUUGAUGUGGCUUGUUAUCUGUCUGUAGUUAGAUAAAGACAAAAAUUCAUUUUUUAUUGUUUUACUGUCAAGGAUUAUCGGAAAUUCUUAUCAUUUGCAUGUGUUUCCUGUUUUGUAUGAAUCAAGAUUGUUGACCCAACUAUUUAUGACUGUAGAGGGUGACUCAGAAUAAAAUUUAUGUCGUGUAGAUUUAUAAAUCUUGGGCGUUCUUGGAAUAAUUGAUUAAAGAGCAUGAAUAUAAAAAACGAACUUAUUUAAUGUAGUUAAUGUAAUUAGUCGCGUGACAUUGAUUGCUGUUCUUUAAGGAAAUGUCCAACAUAGCUGUUGCCUAGUCAAGAUUUCUUGUCAAGGAUCGUUUAAAUAUAUUAAUAGGCAUUCAAGAAAUUCAAAUCGAUGAAAAAUUUGGAAAUAAAUUUGGUGCUAUAUGAUUUUUCAAUCACUGAUCGGGUGGAAUUUCGUUUAGAAAAUAUUCGCUUUUUCAAAUAAAAAAAAAUUUGGUAGCCUUUUCUAUAAUAUGCCGUCUGGUUCCAAAAAUGAAAACGAAACUACCGUUUUUGAGGAAAGUCAGAAAAACUGCAGGUCAAGGGAUGAAAUUUCGCGAAGAGGAAAUAUGUUAUUCAAAACUGGAUUAUUUAUAUAAGUGUUUGUGACACUUUACUAUUAUAAAAAUACACGUAUACGGGGUGAGCCAAAAAGUUGGUUCAGUGACUGUCGCUAUUUUUUACAAUAUCAUAAUGUACCCCAAAUUAGUACAUCACAUCAACAAAAAUAUAUAUACUUCGGCCAUAUACAGGGAGAGUAAAAAGUUGAAAUAUACAAAACUUGUUAUGUAGAGAGAUAAUUAAUCAGUCAAAUAAAGUACGAUUUUGAUAAAAUAUAUUAAAACAACAGUGUUUAUCAAGUUCGUUUUCAUAAUUUAUUCCACGUUUCUAUGAUUUGUUUUUUUUUUUGUAUGGAAUCAAUUUUAUUUCUUCUUCCUGCUGAUUUUUUUAAGUUAACUUAUAUAUGAAUUUCAAGCCAACAGUAAUUAGGUAUAUGUCUGUUGGGUCAUUGUUUCAAGAAGAAUUUUAUAACGUACCUUAGAGAGUUUUGCAAAUUUUUACUUAUACCAAGUUAUACAAAAAUUAAUCCCAACAACACUGUUAUGGAUUAAAUAAUUAUGUUUAUGUAUAAAAACAAGAAAUUUAUACUUAUAAACUAAAAUUUUUAUUGUGCAAACGCAAGAAUAAUGUUAAAAACAAGUGCUUUUUGGGUCAAACUUUUUUCUCCGCAUCCGAAAAAUAUAAACGAGGUGUCAUUCGAUUCGGAAUAGUGUGUAGAUGAUUUUUGAAAAAAUUCAAGAGCCGCUUGCAAAAAUUGCAAAAGUUAUACCUAAACAAUUACUGAAAAAAAUGGGUUUGGUGUUUUAAAAAUAUCUCAAAAACUAUUUGACAUUUUCCAAAUUUGGAAAAAGAUUCAGAAUGAGGAGAAAAUUUCCCAAAAAAAAAUCCUAUCGCCCGAAACUGUAGGGCCAAUAUUUAUAAUUUUCCCAGAGGAUUUAAAAUACGGCCGAAAACGGAGAACUUUGAUUUGUGUAAGCUUCGCCCACUGUGAACU